AUGACGACACCCCGCAAAGAGUCCGGCCGGGUUGGCAGCACCAAGUCCAGAACAGGCUGCGAUACCUGCAAGAUUCGCCGUGUUCGGUGUGGCGAGGAGCGACCGUUUUGUCUGCGCUGUACCAGCACAGGUCGGCGCUGUUUUUACCGCGCCCAGCCCGCAGCCAGCGUCCAGACUUUGCCCCGGCUAGACAACUAUGGGCAGUCUUCACAUCCCGAACGGCGCGCAUUUGAGUACUACUUCCACCAAGCCGGUCCAGCUCUCUCGGGGGUCUUAGACCUCGGUUUCUGGAGUGGUUCCGUUCUGCAAAUCUGUCGCCUGGAGCCGGCAGUGUGGGAUGCGGUGAUCGCGCUGAGUGCGCUUUAUGAGCGCCCUCCCGUUCGCGAAGCACCUCCCUUUUCACUGCUGAAAAGUCCGGCUGCAGUGCGGCAUAGCUAUCAUCAUGAUGCCCUGGUCUGGUAUUCGCGCUCACUGGCUGCCUUGCGGCAGCGGAUCGAGAGCGGCAUGGCGGAUUUUACGGUGUCGAUGAUCAGCUGUAUCUUGUUCAUUGCCAUUGAACUCUUGCAAGGGAAUCGCAAUGCUGCCAUGACAUUGUAUCAACGGGGGGCGCAGAUUAUGACCAGUGGCAUGGCAGCAGGUGGUCAAAUGACAUCGUCACCACUCUUGUCCACGGUUAGGCAUCUUUUCCAGCGCCUGAGUACCUGGGUGCUCAUUAUUCAAGGCGUUCGUGAUGAUAGUUGGAUCCCUGGGCUGGAUAGUAUGACGGAACAAUUCACCUCGUUGGGGGAGGCCCGAAAUGUCCUUUGCGGUCUUGUUGCAGAAUUCAAGGUACUCAAUACCGAUGUUAAGGAUCAUUGGCAUGAAUGUAUUGAUGAUCGCCUACGAAACUCGCCAGCUCUCAUACUGCGACAAGAACAUCUGCUCCAGCAGCUGCAGGUUUGGUACGAGCUUCUCACCUCUCUCCAGCCCGUUCAACAAAGUACCGGUAAUAUCGACGGUGCCACUGCAACCCUUCUCAUGACCUACCUCAGCAUCUUGGUCGAAAUCAGGGCCUGCUUGAACCCCUGUCAGACCACAUUCGACCAGUACGAGGCCGAGUUCAUCCAGAUCCUCGGUUACGCUCCCGCCGCGAUCGCGUCAACAUGCUACCCAGACGGCAGACAACCAUCAUUUACUUUUGAAAUGGGAAUCUACCUUCCUCUUUUCAUCACGGCGCUUAAAUGUCGCACGCCCCUGCUGCGACGCCAGGCAUUGCGGUUUCUGCUGCAAGCCCCGGUCGUGCAGGGCUUGUAUAUGUGCACUCCUACCUCUCGGCUCGUGGCUAUAAUCAUCGCCUUAGAGGAAGACUCGACGAUAUCGCUAGACGAUAUCGUGUCAAUAGAGGAUCUGCUGCGACGGCCUGGCCGGGUCCCGACUGCUCGUGAGCGCAUCGACGGAUUCAUGGUCUCGUCACAGGAAGACGAACACGGGGAGCCACAGCCGUGGUUGAAUUAUACACUCCGCGCUCUGAACAUUGACGGGUCAAUCUGGAUUUCCCAACGAUCCGUGCGACUGCCGGCGCUGGUCAAUACUCAGUAG